AUGAAUAAUUUUAACAUUUGUUACAAUGCAUUAUGUCGUGCAUUUGAUAAAGAAAAUGCGAUAAUACCACCUACUCUAGUCGAAAUUCUGAAGCCUCAAAAUCCCGUGGAUUCAUCUAUCAUUCAUACGAAUACAAAUGAUGACGAAGCUGAAUGUCGUACUACAACAAAUAGCGAAGAUUUUAGUGACGAUGAAUCCGACGGUUCAGACAACAUCGAUUCGAAAAAUAUAAAUCAGAUAAACCUCAAGAGCCGUACAAAUGACAAAUCUGCAGAUACACCAAAAUCUCUAUCAAGAUCAUUCUCAACAUUAGCAAUAACAACAAACGCAAAUUCACUCAAUUUACCGUUAUCAUCAAUAAAGCUAACAAUCAAACCAAAUCCACUCGGCUUACCUCAUGAUCAAAAACAGCGACAAGAAAUUGAUUACAAGCUAAAUCAACUCAUCUUCGAUGAGAUAUCGAAAAAAGUAAAAGAUAUUUUGGAAAAACAAGGACGAACAACACGAACCAGUUCGAUCAUCAAAGCUAGUAAAAACAUUGACUCACUUCUCCUAUCAAAACGAAAAGGAACCGUACUAACAUUUUUAUCGGUUUAUCUAUCUGUGAAUGUUGCUGAGUCACUUAAUGAUACGGUUGUACCUACUGUUUCUUCUGAUGAGAAUGCAUUAGAAACAAGUGUUGGUGACGAUGAUGACAGUAUUAAUAGUGACUCAAGUAGGCCAUUUUCACCAUCUACUUCGCAUGAUUCGCUUAGUUCAGAUAUUUCGUUUUAUAUGUGUAACGAUAUAAUGAAGACAAAUGCCUAA